UUUAUCUAGUAGCUCUGCUUACAUUGUAUGACUGAUGUACAUGUAUUUCUGUAGGUAUCCAAUGGUGGUAGGAGGGUCCAGUUGUUUGAUGCUGAUGGAGAGCAGGACAAUGAAGAUGUGUGAACAUAUGGCCACAUGUGAAGAACAUGUGGCGUAUUAGUACUAGUGUUGUUCUAGUUCAACAUUUGUUUUAGUUCUAGUUCCACUUUAUCUUUAGUUUUAUUAUGGUUCUAGUUCUUGUACCAUGACAGUACCAAAAAGUUUAGUUAUAGCACAUCAGCCUAAACAAUUCUUGUUCCAGUUUUACUACAUUUUGUCCAAUUAAUUUCAGUUCUAGUUCUAGUAUACCAUGUGCAGAAAAAUUAUAGUUAGUACAUCAUCUUAUUGUGACCUGUUACAAAACUAACUACUUAUAACCACAACUAUUUGUAAUUAAUGGUGAUCAUGAAACAGGAGGAGCAGCUGUUGAUCUGUUUCUCUCUUCUUAUUACUCUCUCUUAUGGUGGCUAUGUUCCUCAGUGGGUUGUGAGCAUAAGGUCAGAAUAUGAUGCAAAUGUAGUUGCUACUGAGAAUGGACUGAUUAAUAAAGGAAAAAUAGGAGGAUUUCAGGACAUGUAUUUGUAUUGUUACUAUGCUGGAGAGUUUGAUGUUGAAUAUUACAAAAUUACUGAAUCAUUGAAAAAUCAUUCAAAGGUUGAUUAUGUUGAGCAGGAAAAGACACUGCAACAUGUCUUAAAAGAUUUUUCAUUUCCUGAUGAUCCUUACUGGGAGUAUCAGUGGCCAUUGUAUGACAAGCCUGAUCCUGGUUCAGAUAUUAAUGUUGUUCCUGCUUGGAUUGAAGGAGUUUCAGGAGAAAAUACAUAUGCACUAAUUAUUGAUAAUGGCAUCCAGUUAAAUCAUCCUGAUUUACAAGACAAUAUUGAUACUUCAUUAUGUUACAGUACUAUUACUGGAAGUAAUGAUAUAUUACCAACAAGACGACUGUCAGACCCAGAAUAUCCUUAUGGUCAUGGUACAGAAUGUGCUGGUGUAAUAGCUAUGAUUCAUGAUAAUGAUAUUUGUGGAGCUGGAGUAGCUUAUCAUGCCACAAUAGGAGGGUUUCAGAUGGACUUUGACAGAAAAACUCCAAGUGAUGAAGCUAAUGCCUUCAAUUUUAAAUCUCAAAUAAUUCAAGUAUCCAGUAAUAGUUGGGGUCCACUUGAUAACGGGUAUACUGUUGAGAAACCAGGUUACGUAUCCAAUGAAGCUCUUAUUGAAGGAGUAACAAGUGGAAGGAAUGGUUUAGGAACCAUAUAUGUAUUUUCAGCUGGUAAUGGAGGAAAUAAAGCUGACUCAUGUGCUGCUGAUGGUUAUGCAUCAAGCAUUUAUACCAUAGCUAUUGGUUCUUUGAAUCAAGAUGGUAAUAGUCCAACAUAUGAAGAAGCUUGCUCUGCUAAAAUGGCAGUUGCUUAUAGCAAUUCCAGACCAGGAAAUCAAGUGGUGUCUACAUGGCCUGAGAGUGAAUGUGUGAGAAAUUUUACUGGUACAAGUGCUGCUACUCCUCUUGUAUCUGGAGUAAUUUUAUUAGCACUUGAAGUGAACCCCAAACUGUCCUGGCGUGAUAUACAAUAUUUGAUUGCUUAUACAUCAAAUAGUAAUAUUGAUGGUUCUUUUCAAGAUAAUGGAGGGGGAUUGCGCUAUGAUGACAGCAAUUACAAUGGAUUUGGUGUCAUUAAUGCAAUCAGUUUAGUUACAAGAGCCAGAUACUGGACACCAGUUGGACCAGUAAUUAGAAAUGAGUAUACUGUUGUUAAUAGACCCAUAACUGUUAAUGGCAGCAAUGAAUUUGAAAAAUCAAUUACUGUAGAACAGAUUGGCUAUCUUGAACAUGUGGUACUACAAACAACAUUCAACAUUAUACUAGACUCUACAAGUACUAGAUGUCUUGAUGCUAGUGAUUAUGAUGAGUCAAUGGUAUGCACAGAAGAAAAUAGUUCGGCAUGUCGUGGUGCUUGUCGUGGAGCAGUUUCAAUUACACUGUGCUCUCCAAGUGGUUUCUGUUCAACUCUGUUACCCGAAAGAUGCAACGAUUUCAUUAGUUGUGAAGGAUAUACUGAUUGGCCAUUCAUGUCAGUUGCAUUUUGGGGUGCUAAGUCUACAGGUACAUGGGUUGUAACUAUGGCAUACAAUGAUGAAAUCCCUGGUGGUGCCCAACUUACCUCAAUGGUUCUCAUGUUGUACACAGUGCAGAAUAGACCAGAAGAUGUUGUAGAUCAAUGCAAUGAAGCAUGUGACACACUCACUGGUUGUAGUUAUGGAAAUGGUACACGCUAUUGUGAUACAUGUGGUGCUGGAUAUUAUCGUAAUGUUACCAGUCAGGAGUGUGUGAGGAGCUGCUCCACAGGAGCUUGUGUCAUUGAGGACACAUGUGUCUUCUAUAAUGGAACCUGUCCAGCUACUGGUUCACCAACGCGAGAUGAUCUAUCAGAAAGAGAUAUCACAUUUAUUAUUGUUGGAGGAGGAACAAGUGCUUUUCUGUUUGUUUUAGCAGCACUCUUUGCUGUUUGUUGUUGCUGCUCUAGAAGAAAUCGCCACAGUAUGUCUAUGAAUAAAGACAUGAUCAAUUUGGAAAGGAAUGACUCCAUUCAAGUUCCGCUUGUUAAAAAUUAGCUGGUGCACUGUGACUUCAAAAUGUUAUGUGACAGUCAGACCAUUUGUUUCUUAUGUUUUGUAGGUUUUUCAUAGAUUUUUGCUAGGCUA